AUGGGAAUUGCUGUACUUAAUUACUUAGAUGAUCUUGCAGGUGUUGAACGUAGAGAACAUGCAGAGUUUGCCUAUUUGACUUUAGGUAAAGUUCUGAAAAAUGCUGGUAUAGAGGAAGCUGAAAAGAAAAGUAGCCCACCAUCGGAAAUCAUGUCGUUUUUAGGAGUUUUAUUCAAUACUUUAUCAAUGACCAUGGAGAUAACCCCUGAAAGACUGAAUGAAAUUAAAAAAUUGAUAGCUUUAUGGUUAAAUAAAAACAUGGCCACAUUGAAAGACAUUCAGUCAUUGUUAGGUAAACUCAACUUUGUUGGAGCUUGUGUUAAACCCAGUAGGAUUUUUAUUAAUCGUUUAUUAAACUGGUUACGUCAGCUACAUGGUACUAACAAUUCAGCUCUACAUGUUAUACCAGAGGAGGUUAAAAAAGAUCUUUUGUGGUGGAAUGAAUUCUUACCUAUUUAUAAUGGAGUUUCAUUAAUGAAUUUAGGGCCUUGGUCAGAUCCUGAUGAAAUUUUUUCCUCCGAUGCAUGUUUAGAUGGAAUAGGUGGAUUUUGGAAUGGACAUUAUUUUCAUUCUAUACUUCCAAGUAAAAUUAUAGAUCAAAGGUUACACAUAGGAGCACUAGAGAUGUUAGCACUUAUGGUGUGUUUACACAUCUGGGGGAAAAAUUUCAGACGUCGGCGAAUUGUAGUUCUCUGUGAUAAUUUAUCAGCCUGCAUAGCUAUUAAUACAGGAAAAUCAAAAUGCCAUUUUACCCAAAGUUGUUUAAGAGAGGUCAUAUUUGUGAUGGCAGUGAAUGAGUUUGAAUUAAGAGCUCAGCAUAUUACAUCCUCACAGAAUCGUUUGUCAGAUCACUUGUCAAGGUGGCAUAAAGAAGAAAGACAUAGAAUUGAAUUUGAAAAGCUUAAUGCAAAUUUAAGGCUUGAGGAAUAUCAGGUUAAAGAAUCAGAAUUUGAAUUUCAAAAGUUAUGGUAG